AGAAAAUGAAACCUUACUGCCCCAGACAAAGAGGAGGGCAGGGACAAGGCUACAGGAUGAUUCCACAGAUCAGAGGCCCGAUGGAGCGAAUGUAUCUGAAAACAUUCUACUACCACUUUGACAACAGACCCUACCUCUCUCGUCGCAAUGAUACCUGGCUGUGCUUUGAGGUGAAAACAACCAGCAGCAACUCACCUGGCUCCUACAGUGGGGUCUUUCGAAAUCAGGGCCCUCGAUCUUGUCCUUGGCACACAGAGCUGUGCUUCCUGACCUGGGUCAGGCCCUUGCUGUCCCAUCACGACUGCUACCAGAUCACCUGGUACAUGUCCUGGAGUCCCUGUGACAACUGUGCGGGGCAAGUGGCCUCCUUUCUGGCCACACAUGAAAAUGUGAGCCUGACCAUCUACACUGCCCGCAUCUACUACUUCUGGAAACAGGAUCACCGCCAGGGGCUGCUCAGGAUGAUUGAGGAAGGGACCCAGGUGUACAUCAUGUCCUCUAAAGAAUUUCAACACUGUUGGGAGAACUUUGUGGACCAUUGGGGAACGUGUUGGGUCACACGUUGGAACAGACUGAAGAAAAAUUAUGAGUUCCUGGUCACCAAGCUGAAUGAAAUUCUCAGUGACCCGAUGAAGCGAAUAACUCCAAACACAUUCUACAACCAGUUCCACAACAGAACUGGUCAGAAGGACACCUGGCUGUGCUUUGAGGUGAAAGAAAAGGAGAAUAGCAACUCAUCUGGCUCCUGUCCCAGGAGAGGGGUCUUCCGAAACCAGGUCUUUUCCAAGACCACCUCUCAUGCCGAAGUGGGCUUCCUGACUUGGUUCCAGAAGGAGAUGCCCCCUAACCACCACUAUGAGGUCACCUGGUACACAUCCUGGAGUCCCUGCGCUCGCUGUGCAUGGCACGUGGUUAACUUUCUGACCAGUAACCCAAAAGUGAGCCUGACCAUCUUUGCUGCCCGCCUCUACUACAUAUAUCGCCCAGAAAUACAGCAGGGCCUUCGCAGGUUAUUUCAGGAAGGGGCCAGAGUGUGA